AUGCGAUUCAGUCUGGUGCUGCAGCUAGCUCUGCUAGCACUGCUCCUAGUUUCGGCAACAACGAAUGCGUUCGAUAGCCGACUGUCGAUUGGGACUGCUCUAGACACCUCGGAGUUGACGAUGCGAACGGAAUUCCCUGCAUCAGUGGGUGAACAAUUGCACAUUUUCCAGUUUCCACUACAAAUCCACGGCCGAAGAAUUGAACAAAUGAAGGUGUAUUCCAACGGAUUCAUUGGCAUUGGAAACCACAGCAUUGAAUUGCCUCCAAAUUAUCCCAGUCAAACCGCCUAUUCUCAGCAUAGACUCGGCACACUUGAUGGGGAUUUCAUUGGCGUGUUUACCACGGUGAAUCAGUGCAGCCCCAAUGGUAAAAUCAUUAUUAGAGACCUUGACCUAAAUGAGGUGGAGUCGAGCACAUGUGCGUGGAACCACGUAUCUCGCAUCGGGACAGUUAUUGAAACAUCUACUGCCUCUGCCCUGAAACCCUUCGUUGCCGACUACAUCAUUUCCAUCACCUGGGAGGGCAUGGGCUGUGUGCCAAGUUCAAAUCCCCUGGUAAGUGUCAGCAGCCUCAGUUAUGACGGAGCGACGACUCUGAGCGCUAUGUCGCCCAUGUUGGGAAACCGCAUCCACAUCUAG